AACUAAAAGAAUGGGCGUUGUCACUGACUCGCUGUUAAUCUUUCAAACCAAAACCUGAAAUGGAAAUCAGCGGCGAAGACGCUUUAAAGCUCCGACUCCAACCGGGUCAACAUGUACACUUCGGCAGAGCAAACGGGUCCGACCCGACUGACCGAACAGUUUCUCGUCGCCACGUAAGCUUUCAACUUGUCAAUUCAGACGAUGAAAUCAGGGCUCGUUUUCAAGUUCUUGGCAAGAAUCCCAUGUGGGUACAUUACAGAAAAACUGAUGAAAUCAAAAUAUUUAGGCUUCUUGAAAAUGGUGAAAUGGACAGUGGUGAUAUGUUUUGUGUGUCUGCUGAAAAACCCAUUUGGUUUAAGUUAAAAAGAUUGGAACUUGAUGAUGAAAGUGGAGAUUUAGGGCUUGAGAGUCAGUUGGGUGAGGCUUUGAAUGUUGAAGAAUUGGAUGUCGAUUCGAUUGAUGUUUCGGGUUUCGAUCCUGUCAAAGAGUUUGGUUUUGUUGUUAUGGGGCAUGAGUUUGAUAGCUAUACCAAGAAAAUGAUUCGUGAUAUCAAGAACUGGGAUUGGUUUAUUGAUGAACCUGGAGAAGAAGAAAGUGAAGACGAUGAGGUUGGUGGGAGUAAAAGAAAGGGUGGUGGGAGGAGAAAGAGGAAGAAGAGUGGAGAGGUUGAAAAUGAUGAUGAUGAAUGGACAGGUGAGAGUGACGAGGAUAAAGAGGUUCUUGCCAAAUCAAGCAAGGUUAAGAAGCCUAAGUAUUUGACUAGAUCAAAGAGUAGUGACAAACAUACUAAGGCUGUGACAAUUCGCAGCAAUUCUCCACAAAUUGAUGAUGAAGGAGAAGACGAAGAUGACAAUGAUGAAACGCUGGGAGGUUUUAUUGUCGAUGAAGAUAGCGCAGGUGAAGAAUUGGAAAUUGAUGAUGAAGAAGAGGAAGAGCUUAAGGAAGAAGACGAUGAAGAAGAAUAGAAAGUUAAAACACUGAUGACAAGCCUUUAAUUGUAGGAUGUAAGUUGCUCUCUUAUCUGUUUAGGUUCAGUAAUGGGUAACAUAUCAUUUGCUUCUGAUUCCGGUUCCUUCCUUUUCACCAUUGAUCUUUCUUUC